AUGAACUUAUUUUAGUGAAUCAAGCGCCGGUGCUGAAGUCGGUCGUGUUCAUUCACCUUGGUCCGGAACGUGUUAAAAUGAUUCGAAUACUGUGUGUUCUCGUGUGUUUUAAUUUAGUUCUAAGUGAUCCUCUAAACACCCACUGCUGUUUGGAAGAAGAUGGUAUUUUAGACGAAAUUGAAGCAUUCUGUGUAAAUCCAGUCAAUGAGAGUAAAAAAGAUAUAUGGUUGAAUUGUAACAUAGGUUCCGCAAGAAUUUUUGAAACGGAUUUCAAUUUUACAGUAAACAAUAAUGAAUCGGCUACCGUAUUUGUGGAAGAUCAACCUUUCUUACACGAAGCGGGAACAUUUUGUGUCGCAAAUGAAACUACAAAUAGCACGUUAAAAUUGUUAUUAUUUUGUGAAGUAGAGGAAGAGACGACGACGAACUUAGUAUUGAGUUACUGCAUGAUAGUUUCGGCAAUUUUUCUUGCCUUGACCGCUAUAAUUUACUGCGCAUUACCGAUCCUAAGAGAUCUACAAGGCAAAAGCAUAAUUUGUUUCUGCGUGAGCUUAUCGCUGGGACUAAGUAUUUUGGGUAUAAUGAAACUCACUGAAUAUUCCGAUAUGAAUUUAUGCGCAGCUCGAGGAUUCCUGAUCUAUUACUUUAUGGUAUCAAGUUUCUUCUGGAUGAAUUCUAUCUCGAUACAGAUUCUAUUUCGAAUCAAACGUCCAUCAGUGCCAGACUAUGGCUGGCGCACCUUUUCGUGGUACGCUCUUUACGCGUUUGGCACACCCGCGCUUAUCACAAUAGCUAUGGCCAUUGUCAACUUCCAUCCUGGAAAACAUCAAAAACCAGGCAUCGGUCUCCUCACUUGCUGGUUUUACGAUAAAUGGCAACAAUGGUACUACAUGUAUAGUGUACUAUCAAUUCUCAUGGUACUAAAUAUAGGUAUAUUUUUCUACUUGUCAUUUUACUUGUGGAGAAACACGUUCUUAUCAACACACGUCAAGGAACUGCGUUAUAAGUUCAGAAUGACAUUAAAGAUGUUUAUUAUAAUGGGUCUGCCCUGGAUGUUUGAAAUGAUUAGUUCUUUCUUCGAAGCACAUAUAAUUUGGACACUCUUAGACAUAUUUAACUUCCUCCAAGGCCUCCUAAUAUUCAUCGUACUAGUCGUGCUACGAAAGCGUGUAUUAAAGGCUCUAUACAAAAGAGGCUGCCUGGAUUGCGUUUCCGGUUUAGUUGAGCGAUACCUGGCGGUCGCAGAAGACGACGAAGAAGUUGUACAACACACCAUUGACGUGCCUUUAGACGAUAAAAAACAUUACAAUAUUUGAUGAACUUUUGCUUGAAAGGCUUUGUGUCUGUUAAGAUACUAUAAGUGGUCCGGGAAUUCACUUACCAGGCCGGACAGUUUUAACACGGUUACGUUAUAAACUGUAUGCUUAAAAACUUACAACUAAUAUUCUUAAAUGUAUUUAAGAUUUGUUUAUAUUCAAUCAAUGGCAGCAAAUAAUAUUAAUUAAACUUUAAAAUUAUAAAAUAUUGCAAAAAUCGUUAUUAAUUCAAAUAAAAUUGUGUAUGUCUUACAUAUGUGUUGUAUUUCAUAUAUAAUUUUUAUGUACUCGUACUAGCAUGCUUAUGUUAUUCAUAAAAAUAAGCCUACACUGGUAAACGUACGUAUAUACGUUAGUCUCUUUCUGUCCAAUUGUAAUGCGCUAUGCUGCAAGGAGAUAGUCGGGUGAAAUUGUAUAAAUAUUAGCGAUCGUUUGAUUGCGAUUACGGAUCGUGUCGCGUCUGUAAUAAGAGAUGCGCUUGACUAAAUAAUUUUGUGUAUCGUUUUAUAUCACCAAGGACACGAAACUGUUCAAAGGUUACAAUUGUGUUUCAAACUGAUUUCAAUUAUCUUUAUAUCUAACAGUAGCAGAUUUGGCCUAGACUUCAGCGUGCGACUCUUAUCUCUGAAAUCUAACCCCGGUCGUCCUUCUGUCUAUGUGCGUAUCUAACACUACCUCGUACUGUGAUUGAAAACAUCGUGAGGAAACCGGAAUGUGUCAAAUCCAAUAAUACAGACAUGUGUCAGGAAGGCUCAAAUCCCCUACGUGUUAAUAUAAAAAUUAUCAAAGAAACGGAUGCAUUUCGGAUGGAUUAUUAAUUAUAUACAUUAAUUUUCUUUUUCAAUAAUAAUUGUACUUAUAAAUAGGAGUUUCAAAGAUACCUAGUCGAUACGAUAACUAAUACACAAAACUGAUAAAAUUGUAUAUGUCAUUAAUGUUUUAAUUUUUUCAACGUGCCAUGUAAUUGAUAAAUCCAUUAGGAUGUACAUAAUAAUAAGUUUAUAUUAUUCAAUAAAACCUCAAUAUUAUUAAGUAUUUAUUAUAAAAUAGUUUUUCUUUAAUCACCAUCGACUAAAAAUCGAAUUAUGUAAUUCAUUUAAAAUAGAACGAUGAUGAUUUUAAUGUCGCUCUAAUUAUUUAUAUGAUGACGCAAUGAUUUAUAAUUUCAUAAUAAAAAUAACGUUUUAACGCU